UAUAAUCAUAUGCACAACUUGUGUUGGACUGUUCAGAGACACGUAGCCAUGUUAAAGAUACUUUUUUUUAUUAUUUGCUUUAACAGUGUGUUCGCAUACUUUACCCUGCCGGGAAGCUGUCCUGAUGAGGUCGCUUUGCAAGAGGACUUCAGAUUAGCUGAUUUUUUUGGAAAAUGGUACGAGGCGUACCACUAUUCCAGCGAUGGCCAAAACCAAAAUAACUGUUCAAGCUUGGAGCUGCUCACUAGACCGACGGGGAUUUAUCUGAACCAGUCGAGGGUAGACCGCGGGCUGUUCCAUAGAUUCAGUGUUGGAAAACUUGACAUAAACCCAAGAGUUGAGGAUGCUGCACGCAUGGACAUUGUUUUUGCCUUCAAAAAUGCUCCCAGGCGAUUAAAGACAAGGAGGUACCCAUUCCACGUGUUGGCAACCAACUACAACUAUUAUGCCACCAUCUACACCUGUCAAUACAGUCCGCUGAUCGAUAAACAUUUCAUUUACGUGUGGAUUCUUUCACGGAACCCAACUUUGAAUGACGUGUCAAAAGAGCUGGCCACGAAACCUCUGCAGAAGAUUGGUGUGAACCCUACUGACCUGGUGAAGGAUGACCGAAGCAAAUGUUCUCCGAAGUACUAUGAAGAUGUACCAACCGAACCUAUGACAUUUAGGUUCCCCGUUCCAAUAUAACAGGAAUUCAUUAUUUAAUAAUUAUAAUCAAUUAUAUAUUUUUUUAGAACAAGAGCUAUAUAAUAAUCAAUUAUAGAUUUUUUAAGAGC